GUAGCCGGAGCUUUUCGGCCAUAUACUUCGGAAGUUCUAAAAAUAAGGACAAACAAUGCUUAUUAGGAUAUUUACCCUUUUGGUUUUCGUGGUCCGAGGAAUUCCUAGUCAACAUGUUUCUCGUGCGGAGGACCAGAAGCCAAUCGUCUGCUACUACUAUGGCUGGGCCAACAAUCGCCCCCGGCCCAUGAACUACGACAUCGGUGAUAUUCGCGGUAACCUGUGCACCCACGUGAACCUGGCGUUCGCGGCCAUCCACCCAGAAACGUUCCAGCUGCAUAGUGUUAUUCCCAGCUAUGCCGAUAACGCAACUCGCUACAAGGAAUUCACCUCUAUCAAAGAAAAGUUUGUCUUCGUCAAGACUCUGCUAUCUGUAGGAGGAUGGGAAUACGGCAAUGGCGUAUUCUCUGAGAUGGCACGCGACGCUUCAUACAGGUAUCGCUUCGUAAAAAGCGCCCUCGUUUGGCUUCGGGAAUAUGGAUUCGACGGACUGGACAUUUCAUGGCAGUAUCCGGGGAAACCUGACCGUGGGGGAUCGGCCGACGACAAAACAAACUUCGUUCUGCUCAUGAAGGACCUGCACAACGCAUUCAUGGCAGAGAAGUUCCUGUUGACUACGAGCAUUCCUAUUGACCCAAUUAUUUUGCAAAAUGGCUACGACGUUGCGUCACUGUCACGAUACGUGGAUUGGUUCAACGUGUUCGCACAUGACCUCAGAGGACGAUGGACAGGACGAGCGGAUGUUCACAGUCCUUUGAAACGACGACCUUGCAUAGACGAAGGCUACUACAAGACACUCAAUGCUGAAGAUGGAUUGAAACUCCUCACGAAACUGGGCGCUCCGAAAGCGAAACUGAUGGUCGGCAUUGCCUUUUACGGACGCACAUAUGUUCUUCAGGACCCAACAGUUAGCUAUCUCGGAGCCCCGAUAAACCAACACAUUCUUGCUAAGCCUGGACCAUUCGUUAUGUCCUCCGAUGUUCUAGCCUACUAUGAGAUCUGCAUGAAGUGCAAGGAUGGAACCUGGACACGAGGCUACGACUCCGAGGGACAAUGUCCUUACGCCUACAGUGGUGACCAAUGGGUAGGAUAUGAAGACCCAGAGAGCGUUUCUGCGAAGGUCGAUUUCGUGAUGGACAACGACUAUGGCGGCGUAAUGGUCUUCAACGUGGACAUGGACGACUUCCGCGGUGUCUGCGGUGGCAAGCAUCCACUCCUGAACGUCAUUUUCGAAAAAUUUACCGAACGUUACCUCAUCGAUCCAAGGGUUGGCUAGAGAGCCUGUGUUGGGUUUUGUUUUCAUCAACCAUUCCUGUCUUUUAUUACUAUUACAAAUACUGUGUUCAAAUGAGGUAUUGAUUAUGCUCAUGACACUCAGCUGGGAGCUCGAAUGGUUUGCUGCAAGGUUUCUUUGGAAUCAGGGGUGAUAAGGCGAAAUGUCCGAGGGCAAACGCCCCCGAAGUUUUUUCUAACGUUGUUCUUCCUUUUACCCUCUCGCAAAUACUUAUCAAAUAGGCCAAAACACCUUCCAGCAAAGAGGGCCAAAGAAAUCCUAAACUAGUUCAGAUGCGUGUGUCAUCGUCCUCCCUACGGAACCGACCUCUCCCACACGCACUGCGAUAAUCCCUGGAUGCGAGCACCGCCCCUGUGCACAACACCCAACUCCUCGAGACUGCUACUCCCCACUAUUCAUUGUCGCACCCUCUCUCUUAUAUGCCUAUUUGUCAGAGCAAUUUCAAAUCGAAUCAGAUGGGGUGUGGUAGUUCACUGGGUG